AUGGAAAAAGGAGACUUAUCCAAAGAAGCCUACCGAGGCCCCAAACUCCCUUCCGUUCCCUCGGACCUCGUUGUCACCGGCGUCCUAGACCUAAACUGCGACGAGCGCCUCUGGGUCCCGCAAUCAAAGGACGUCUGGUUCCGCCCGCUCUGCUUCAACGUCUCCCACGGCUAUUUCGUCAACAUCCUGCGCGUGCGCAAGAGCGGGAUCCUCUCGCGGCACAGACACACGGGCCCCGUACAUGCGACGGUCCUAAAGGGCCGCUGGCACUACCUCGAGCAUGACUGGUGGGCUGAAGAGGGCGGGUAUGCAUUUGAGCCGCCCGGCGAUAUUCAUACGCUCGAGGUGCCGGAGGGUGUAGAGGAGAUGGUUACGUUGUUUCAUGUGACGGGGGCGUAUAUCUAUGUUGAUGUUGAUGGGGUUGCGUUGGGGAUUGAGGAUGUGUUCAGUAAGUUGACGGUGGCGAGGAAGCAUUAUGAGGAGGUGGGAUUGGGGGCAGAGUUUGCCGAUCAGUUUGUGAGGUAA